UUGAUGCAGUUUGCAGAAUGCAGUUUGGGACACAGCACGAGCAGUGCCUGGUUCUGUACAUGUGAUUUUUUGCCCCUCAAACGACAGGAACAGGACUAAUUUGGUGUUUUUACGUGGUCUAAGUACUAUGUUCUAGCUAAACGUAAAUAAAAUGUGUAAGUUAAAGGUUAAAUAGACGUUUUAAAGGUAGUAAACUAGUUAGCGGCGGCGUAGUUAACGUUACUUAGAAUAUUUAGCUAAGUUAGCUAGCGUUGGCUAAGCUAGGCAAGCUAGUUAAGGUUAAACCUAAUGUAUUGGUUUGUUGAUUAAAAUUGGACAUGUUCUGCGGUUUACAUGUUAAUAAAUUCUAUAUUACGCGAUAUUUUAAUCUCCUCGGGAUUCAGACUUACUUCACAGACUUCAUUUGCUAACCCAGGUCUGAAUGCUAACGUUGGCUAGAGAUAUUGGGUCGUCUGUCCAUGUGGAGCUUUACUGAUUUGGUCUGGUCACAACAUGAACGUCCUGAAAUCAGGAGAACAGAUGUUGAAGAGGGCCAUCCUCUCUGGAAGGUUUUCAUUAGUUUGGACCCAGUAUUGUCCACUUCCAUACAAAAGGCCUGACCCUAUUCCCUACUGUAGAAACUGUACAGUGCCCUCCUUCCAUCAGAACUCCACUAGAACAUUGUGCAGUGUCCUUCCCAGUAAGGAUGCGGCCAGUGACCUGUCCAGGUCUAAUGAGGAGGAGCAUGCUCCUUUCUUUAAAAUGCUGGCAGAGUGCCGCUCGCCAUCUGAUGUCCUGGACCUAGUGGACAGCAGAGAAGUUUACCACUUGCACAUCAGUUACUGUAUGUCACAAAUGUGGAAAUCCAUCAAGAAGAUGUCAGAGGAUCAGAGGCGCUGCGAGAUCAGUCUGAUGUUGGCGCAUCCAAGCUUCCAGAAGCUGUGCCACAAGGCGAGGGUGGGCGCUCCCUGCAUGAGCACCAGUCAACUGGCCUACACCCUGUCGUCUAUGGUCAAGCUGGGCGUCUCCCAAAGCAGUGUAGUGGUGCAGACUUUGCUGCGGGUCAUGCAGGAAAGGCUGAAUCAGUUGGAUGAGAAGUCCCUCUCGAUUUUGUGCUACACCCUGAAACAGAUGGAAAGCAGCAAAAAUUCUGAUGCACUUACACAAGGAUUGAAGCUCAUAUUGCCGGAGUGGAUUCCAAAGAUCCAGAAUGUGAUUGCUCUGCAGAACGUGAUGUGCUUGUUAGGGAAAGAUACUCCCCCAGUCAUAAAGAAGAAUCUGCAGAUGAAGGCACUGUCUAUGGCGGAUGAAUUCACUCUGCCCAAUGCUCAGCACAUGAUGCGUACCUUGGCCACCAUAGAUCUACAUUCCAAACCACUGCUGGACAUCUUCAGCAAGAGGAUAGCUGAAAAUAUAUAUGGUGUCCCUUACCCCAAGAUGUUGAUGGUGCUGAAAUCCUGCCGUGAGCUCUUUUACAGAAACAGUAAUCUCCUCUCGUCCAUCUCCGACUACCUGGCCACCACACUCAGCAUCUGGAGUAACAAACAGAUAAUCUUCUUUUUGUUGGAGUUUGAGGCUCUUUGCUUCAACCCUGUCGCUUUGUUGGAUGCAUUUGCCGAGCGAGUGAUCCAGAAACCACACAGCUUCGCACUCAAAGACCUCUUCAGCAUUCUGAAAAUCUACUCUUCCCUCAACCAUGAUCUGAAAGAACAUAAGCAGGAGUUCUUGGAUGGUGUUACACUUAUGCUAGAGUCCUAUCUUCCCAGAAUGACCUCAGUACAGCUGUUGAGAGCAGUCAGCUUUCUCUGUGUUUUUGGGCACUUUCCUCAGGUUCUUUUAAAGAAGCUGCUUCAGAAGGAAUGUCUGGAUGAGCUGCUACAAAGAGGAGGUACAGAGUAUAUAGGUGUGAUGAACAACCUGCACAAGCUGGACCUGUGUUUACGGCUGGACAACCCUCCUCUUCCUCCCUCAGUUUCGCCCCUCCCAGACCUCCAUAACGUCCUCCAGCCAAAUGAGAACCGACUACACCCGAGGCUGAUCAGUGCACUGAAGAAUUUGGCUGGGGAAGACGCUGUGAUGGAAUCUGUUGUUGAAGCGAACGUCUAUUUCAUUGACGCUGUGAUCACUUUGUCAGAAGCCAAAGACAUCUUGAGUUCUCCUGAAGAGCACUCUGUAACAUCUCAAAAUUCUCGCCGGAAAAUUGCCAGUUGGAUUGGCGCCGAGUGGUCCAGCGGUCUAAAGCGCUGAGCGGGAGCAGGAGGUCACCGGUUCGAACCCCCGCUCAUGCAGCUUUACCAUCAAGCUGCCGGCACUCAGAGUAAGCACAAUUGGCCCUGCUCCCUCUGGGUGGGUAGAUGACGCUCUCUCCCCACAUCACUCCUUGGGUGAUGUCCGCAGCACAGGGCGUCUGUGAGCUGAUGUACCUUUCCUUCGAGUGCGCUGGCUACUCAGCAAUGCUGCAUCAGCAGCAGCUCGAAAAGAAGCGCUGGCUGACUUCACGUGUAUCAGAGGAAGCAUGUGCUAGUCUUCACCCUCCAGGUGUGUUGGGGCAUUACUAGUGAUAGGGGGAGUCCUAGUGAGUGGGUUGGGUAAUUGUUUGUGCUUAAUUGGGGAGAAAAUAGGAAAAAAUAGA